AUGAAAUCAGCGCUGGAUAAGAUGGAGGCGGAAAUCAACCUGAUUGGCGAUGGCUCAGAGUGUCACAGACUCCCGACCAUCACAGGCCGACACAAGGAUCUCAAGUCAGUGUCUCCACGCACAGUCAAUCACCUUCUCACCGGCAAAUACAAUGACGUCAUUUCCGGGUACCAGAUCAUCGACUGUCGAUACCCGUAUGAAUAUGAGGGUGGUCAUAUUGAGGGUGCCAUAAAUCUCCACAACGAGGCUCAAAUCAAGGAGUUAGUCACCAGCCUACAGGGGAGGGAGUCGACUGAACGGAACAUCCUCGUCUUCCACUGUGAAUUCUCGUCAGAGAGAGCACCCAAACUAUUACGCCAUCUGCGUAGUUUAGACCGGAAGUUGAACAGUGACCGCUACCCGUUCCUCUUCUACCCGGAAGUGUACCUGCUGGAUGGCGGUUACAAGGCCUUCUAUGAACAACAUCAGCGCCAGUGUCAACCAAACACUUACGUUCCCAUGCUACACCUGGACUACGCCAGUCAGCUACGUCAUUUCCGGUCCAAGUCCAAGUCGAACAAGACUGUGAAAAACAGAUACUUGCAGAGUCUACGUUUAGAAAUUGAUGUUUCACCGCCUAAAUUUUCACUCAUGUAA